GAAUUUCUCUGUCAAAAAAAGGAACAAACUGUGAAGUGGGCAAAAUCACAGAGCCAGAAUUUGAGAAUAGAAGAGACUUGAGGAUCAGAUUUACCUGGCCUCUAUCUGACUCUAGAUCGUCUUUCCCUCGAUACAGAAAAACGACUGACAAUUAUCAGAAAUCUGGGUGAGCCAACUGAGAUUGUCUAUUGGAACAGUGGAGAGCUGACUUGCAACCAUCAAACUCAAGUGUGAUGAGUGAUGAAAAACUACUUGUUUACAGAUUCUGUGCUGUUGUCAUGUAUCUCCUUCAAAUAGAAACACUGAGGGCAGAACGAUUCACAGUGACUGGAGUGAGUGUAUUAGAGGGGCCAGUCUUAGCUCCAUUUGGUACAGUACUUGAGCUCAGUUGUCAGUUGUCUCCACCACAAAAUGCUCAGCACAUGGAGAUCCGCUGGUUCAGGACACACUAUACACAGCCUAUUCAUCUAUACGAUGAUGGAAAAGACUUAUUUGGAAAAAUUAUUCCCAAGUAUGUGGAGAGAACAGAGCUCCUGAAAGAUGCCAUUAAAGAAGGGAAAGUGACCCUCAGAAUCUUUAAUGUCAAUCCUGAUGAUGAUGGGCGGUACCACUGCAUCUUCAAAGAUGGAAAAUUCUAUGAAGAGCACAUCACAGAAGUCAAGGUCAUAGCUGGGAGCUCCUGGGUUCAGAUUCUUGCUCAUCCUCCUACUACCAAAGGAGUGAUAGUGGAAUGUCACUCCCGAGGUUGGUUCCCACAGCCUCACUCGGAAUGGAGAGAUAGUAGAGGAGAGAUCAUUCCAGCUACAUCAAAAUCCUAUUCACAGGAUGGAGACAAAUUGUUUGAUAUGAAGAUGACACUUCUCCUUAGAGACAGCUCCCUCAGGAACAUCACUUGCUGCCUUUGGAACCCUUUAACAGGCCAAGAGGAAAGCACAGGAAUUGUUCUACCAGAUGAAAUGUUUUCUUGGAAUUUUAUUUGGAAGAUGUUUGUGGGUGCACUUCUGAUUGUGAUGAUACUCUUCAUCAUAAUUCCAAGUAUUAAACUACAUAUUCUAGAAGGUUGCUCCUGCACACACAGCUCCCCUUGGUGUGUUGCCAUGCUGAUAGCCACUCUUUCUACUGCUACGCUCCUAUUACUCAUCUUCAGUUUGUAUAGAAAAAAUAGAGAAUCUCUCAAGAUUAUUUGUAGCAAGGAUGAGGUAGGAAGGAGGGAGCCAUUGUUGCAAUCUGAUGAUAAGCCUCUGACCCUCCCCUUCCCACUUCUACGGCUGAGUGUCAACAACAUCGGUACCAUUACCACAGACUUUGCUACCUGUGUAUUACCCUGA